AUGAAAACAGUGUGUGUGUGGGACGUGUCUCUGUCUGAUGGACUUUACAGAAUCCAGUUUGAACACGGAACAACCACCGGGAAACGAGUCGUCAACGGAGAAGAGGUCCUGCGCAGACCCUGGAUGUUGAAGUUGGUUGGUUCCGAGCGGUUUUCCUUCGGCGUUCCUCGGAUCAGAGCUGAGAUCCGGAUCACGGCGGUGGGCGGAGUCUCGUACGAAUACUCGCUCCACGUCAACGGACUCACGCUGCAGAAGUUCAACCAGAACCGAACCAGGACUACACAGACCUGGGACCUGAGUCUGGACCAGGACCACUACAGGAUCGUACUGGAGAAAAACACGAUGGACGUUUGGUGCAACGGAAACAAGAUGGACGCCGAGAGUGAGUUUGUGUCGGACGGUGCACAGACUCGGUUCUUGGUUGGAGAACGUGAGUUUUGCCUCAGAGCAGAACAGGGGAAGAAGAGAGUCACACACUGCCUCCUGCUGGACGGACAAACAACAACAACAACAACAACAACAACAACAACAACCUUUAAAACACCUUUAAAUCACAUGAAUAAAUAAUCGUUCAUUAUUACAGCCGA